CAUAACAAUUCGGCAGCAGCUCCGGGCAAGACUUGCUUGCAUACUCCCCAAAAUGACGAUUGUAGAGAUGCACGUGAACAUGGAUUGCCACGGAUGCGAGGAGAAUAUAAGGAAAGCUCUCAACAAGCUUGAAGGAGUGCACGAUGUGCACGUAGACUUCCACAUGCAGAAAGUGACCGUGGCCGGUUUCGUCGACGAGCGCAAAGUCCUCAAGGCCGUGAAGAAGACCGGCAAAACAGCUCAGAUCUGGCAGCACCAACCCACCAGUCUUUACUACAACAACUUCGACCAAUAUAAUCAGUAUGAUCAGAUGAAUUAUGGCCAUUCAUCAUCAUCGAACUCAUACUAUGCGCAACCCGCUUACAUGACCCGUCACUACAAGCACGGCAAAUUGUUUGGGAAGACUAGUUAUGAAGUGUAUCAUCACCAACCACCAUACUCUCAGAUGGUGGAGGAAAGUCCCAUAACCAUGUUUAGUGAUGACGAUGUCCAUUCUUGCUCGAUCAUGUGAUGGGAAUGAAAAAUAAGAAAACCAUGAAAUUUGAUACAGAUACAAGACCGGGCCACCGUUCACCCUGAAAAGGAGGUGAUCCAG